AUGUUGUUACGUUUAUUAUUAUAUGCUGGUUAUUUGUAUUUAUCAUUAGCAAAUACUAUUAUUGUUUCUAAUAAUAAAUCUAUUCUUGUGGGUGAUAGUGUCAUCUUUCCAUGUACACUUGAAUUGACAGAAGAUAGUGAAGAUAUUUUAAGUCAAUGGAAGAGUAGCUCUGGUGAAUUAUUGGGUUUUCAUGAGGCUGGUCGUCUUGGUGGUCAUCAAGGCAGAUAUAGCUAUGUCAAAAGAAAGCCUGGAGAUUUAAGUUUAAAAAUUGAUCGAGUGACUUUGGAAGAUGAUGGCUUCUUUGAAUGCCAAAUGAUCAGUACUUCUUAUGGUCCAAGACGUGCAGAAGUCUAUUUGGAUGUCAUUGUUCCACCACAGAAAGUUGAUAUUAUCGAUCAUAAAACUGGUUCUACUAUUGACGUUAUUGAAAAUGAUAUUUUAAAUCUCACUUGUAUGAUAGGAAAUACUAAACCGGAAGUGGAUAUAAGCUGGUUUUUAAAUGGAAAAAUGAUUGAGGAUGAGGUAAAUAGGAAGAAUAACUACAAUUUGAACAAGACUGUCACUAACUAUGCGAAUAUAAUUUGGCGUCCAAGAAAAUCAGACCAUGGCAAAUCGUUAACAUGUCAAGGCUAUCAACAAGCCAGUUCAACAUCUCUACAGGCUAAUUUGACUUUAAACAUUCUAUACACUUCUGACAAGCCAGUUCUCACGAUAGUUGAGGAUGAGACUCACAUACGACAAGGUGAUAACGUAACUCUUGUUUGCAACGUUCAAGGAGGUAAUCCGCCACCAUCUGUUAUAUGGUAUGCAAGAGAAAAGCCGAUUGGACAGAAAUAUACUUACAAUCCAGUGACAAAGGAAACAAUCAAUACUCAUGUUGUUACAGUGGAUUAUACUGAUAAUACAGUACCAUAUGAGUGUAGAGCUGUCAAUAAAGGUCUGUCAAAAGUAUUAUCGAAUGAAUUGAUUCUUGAUGUUGCAUAUCCACCUAAGACAGUUGUAAUUGAGGGUGAAUCGACUGUUAUCUACGGUGAAACAACAACAUUAGAAUGUUCAUCGAGUGAGUCUAAUCCACCAUCUAAAAUACUUUGGAAUGUCAAUGGUCAAUCAAUGGUCACAGAUAGCUAUACACAUGUAAAGACCAAGAUAGGAGUUAUCACUAAAUCCAAUUUAACCAUUCAUUCAUCGGAGGUUGUAAACCGGCGGCAUCUUAUAACAGUUGAGUGUACAGCUCAAAACUCAGAAGGAUCAACAUCUGCUCAACAUGUCGUGAAGUUAUUAGAACCACCUCAUAUGCCAGUUAUAUCUGACUUAGAUGAUAGUGCUCAUAUGGAAGGGGAUGUAGUUAAUGUAACUUGUGAAGUCUCAGGUGGAUAUCCAUUGGCUGAGAUAUCUUGGUACCGAGGACAAGCAAAGAUAUCUGGUGCUAGAGUAUCAACAACUGAAACGAGUGUUAUAUCCAUCAUUUCUAUUCCACUUGAACGCUCAAUGAAUAAUCAAUUGCUUACAUGUGAAGCAAAGAACGCUGCUCUUCGAGAACCUUUAAGAGUCAAUAGAUCUUUGAAUGUACUAUUUCCUCCGAGAAGAGUUUCUGUAAGACACGAAAGCCAAUAUACCCAACUAAUAGCAGGAAAAGAAGCUCGUUUAGUAUGUUCAGCAUCAUACUCUAACCCACCAGCUGACAUUAAAUGGCAUUUCUAUCCAAAUGGCGAGAGGCAGCCUUUCAUAGUUGCUGGGGAAACAACUGUUAAUGAAACCUCUCACGAUGCAGGUUUUACGGUUGAAAGUACUGUUACAUUCAUACCCAAUGAGAAGCACGAUGAAACAGUUGCUCGUUGUUUUGCUACAAGUCCCGUUUGGACAUAUGGGAAAAACGCUUCAAUACCUUUGACUGUUUUCUAUUCCCCUCAAUCCUUAGGAGAUAGUAUAAUUAAUGUGGUUGUUCAAGAAGGCGAUUUCUUCCGCAAAAAUUUCAGUAUGAGAGGAAAUCCUCCAAUAUCGGCUUGGAGAUGGGGAAAGAACAAUAUACCUUUUGAUCAUACAGUUGGUAAUGUUUUUGCUAGAGGAGCUACUUUGACAGGACGAAUGGUUAAAAAAAGUGAUUCUGGAAUUUAUACGGUUACAGCUAUCAACAGCAUCGGAACUAUCAACGUUACAAUAAACCUGACUGUUGAGUUCAGUGCUAAGAUUGUAAGUAUUUCUUCACCUAUAAUCGCAACAUUAGGAGAAAUGGCCUUGCUAGAAUGUGAAGCAGAAGCAGAGCCAAUGAAUAAGAAACUUCUGACUUGGAUGAGAAACGAUCAAGAGAUGAAUGCCUCAUAUGUCGGAUACAGUAGAGCUUUUCUACGUCUCAACAUAACAGACGAAACAGUAGGAGAGUACAGUUGCGUCGCCAAUAACGGAAUCGGGUUGCCAGAUGUCAAAUACACUUACCUACUUAUCAAAACCCCACCGCGUAUUCUGAAGAUUCCUUCGCUUUCAAGAGCAGCAGGGCCACUAGGUGGCAGAGCACGCGCAAGAUGCCGAGUCAAUACUGUACCAGAUGCAGAGUUCGUUUGGUAUAGAGGAGGAGAUGUAAUAAAGAGUAAUAACUCUAAGUAUAAUAUACACAGUACUCAACAGAACUAUUCUGUUUUCGAGAGCGUACUGUACAUCAACGCCUUAUCUCCUGAGGAUUAUGCUAGUAAUGUUCGAUGUGUGGCUAAAAACAGUCUUGGAUCAGAUUCAUUCUCUAUAGCUGUUGUCGCACCAUCACCGCCACAUGCUCCAACUGAUAUUGAGUUGACCAAAGCAUCAUCCGAUUCAUUACAAUUCAUGUGGGAACCUGGAUUCGAUGGAGGAUACAAUCAAAUGUUCGAAGUUCGCUAUCAGAAAGAGGGUGAAGAAAUCGUUCAUGGAAUCAACACUACGCAAUCCGCGAUCACUUUAACGGGUCUAAAGUAUGGUACAACAUAUAAUAUUAAAUUACGUGCAAUCAACGAACGUGGUUUCUCUUCAAAGUUCACUGCACCAGUCUUUACGGCAACAACGCUAUCCGAAAACGGUACAACUGUGACCGAUGCCAAAAAAUCUUUCCAAUUCAAAGAUCUCUUUGUACUACAAAAGCUACAUUACAUCAUUUUCGGAACAAUUCUAUUGUUCUGCAACUGUAUUGUGUGUUGCUUUAUCCAUCGGAGGCACAAGCAGAACCAAUUGAGAGAAAAAACGUCUUUCAUACGAACUGCAAAUAAUGGCGAACGAAUGAGGCCAGUUCAGAUGUAUGGAACGAUGAUGCAGUCAACAGCUUAUGGACACGAGGAUGUUCAUGACUUGAGCGAGGACGAUCACAGCAUUAAAACAAUGAUAGAAACAAGUUCGAGGAACAACAAUCCGCCGUAUACAGCGUAUACAGAGCGUGGUAACUAUCGUGAGACUAGUCUAUACGAUCCUUACUACGACUUGUUAAUGAGAAAUGCACUUAAUGUUUGA